CUAAAAUUAUGCAAUUGAAUUUUAUUAUUGCAUGUACGGUGUACAGUAAUUGAACUUAUUAAUAUUGCAAAAAUAUAUUAUGUAAAAUUACACAACACGAAAAUCAUAAGCGCAGCACGGACACGCACCAAGGGGAGAGACUUUAUCGACAGUGCCAGAAAAUGGAUAUGCCAAAUAGUUCCAACGUUGAAAAUGGGUGCGAGUGGCGUUUCGAGCGGUCCAUUGUCCAAUAUAAAACAUCAUUUCAGGUUAGGUCCCCGUGGUCCAGCAGACAGAUAUUCUUCUCUCUGCUUUUACAGGCAGCAAAUCUUUUGUUACCGGCGUCAAGCUCGACUACAUAUUUAUGGGCCACGUUGUAUUUUUCGCGUAAUUUCUGUGUUACGAGAGCAUUAUUAGAGCGUCGGGAUAACACAUAACCGGCACGUUUUGGAUAAAAAAAAUCAGCGCUUAAUUGCUCUAUGCGAAUGACUAUUUCGACGAUAUUUCUUCGUGACGUGCAAGCGCUGCCACAAACGUUUGGAAUCAUUCCGUUCGCUUUGAUCGUAGAGGGGAGCAAAUAUAGACGGAAUAAGGGAAUAUACACGAAGAAGCAAUGUCAGGAUCAUUUCUAGUACUUUCUGGGCGAAGAACAACGUAUAGCUGGCUCCAACACUGCCGUGUGGCACAUUUAUAUAAAAAUGUGGUUAAAGACUCGCAUAUACACAGUGCAGCGCAGUACUGUGUUUCUGUGAAAGACAAAGAUAAACAUUUAUCUCAGGUGAAAGAUUAUACAUAUAAAAAUGUAGGAACUAAAAGUUUACAUGGAAACGUUAAUCUGGAAAAAUUUACAGAGCAAAGCCUCGAUGAAUUUGAAGACAAGCACGGUAGAUCUCAGAGGAUUAAUAAGGAAGCUGUAAUCCAAAAAAGAGUGGAACGCUUGUACCCAGAUCCAAAAUCUUCUUUGAUAUCUAUUUAUACAAUACUAGGUCAUGAACUUAACGACCAAACAGUUUUAACUACAAAGGCUAAAAAAGUUACUGUAAAUAGAUCUAAUGUAUGGGAAAUUACUUUUAACGUCAAAUGGCCAGAAGUUAUGUCCUUUAAAGAAAUUGCUAAAACCAAGGUACUCGCUUCCAAAAAUGCAGCUUGGAAAUGCUUGCAAUGGUUAGAAACAAAUGGCAAAUUGAAAAACGGCAAACCGAUUGUCUAUAAUGAUGAGGAAAUGAAGAAUAUACGAUUAAAGCCUGUCGAAUUAAGCGUUGCUCCCGAAAUUUUAAACAAUAUGUCAGACUUGAUCAAAACUUACGACACGGAAAUACAUAAGAUAGCGGCCGAAAAUACUUUCAAUGCUCACAAUGCACUGAGUCGGACUACGACUAACGUCCAUCCAAUAAUAGGACUAGAUGCUGUCAAGGAUGGUUUCCUCCGUAAUAAAACAUUGAAAGACAGAUUGGAAAAACGUACCGAUCACACUGUCACUUUACCAAUUCAUGAGUUCAAGAAUGAAAUUCUCUCCAAACUGGAAAACAAUCGAGUCCUAUUAAUAGAAGGCGAUACAGGCUGCGGUAAAACUACACAAGUUCCUCAAUUUAUAUUGGACACUUUCGCACGGAACGGGAAUGCUACAGAUUGCAAUAUAUUGGUGUCGCAGCCACGUAGAAUCUCGGCGAUCUCUCUGGCAGAUCGCGUCGCGUACGAAAGAAACGAGAGCGUCGGGGACGUUGUGGGUUUUCACGUGAGAUUAGAAUAUUCAUUGCCGAAGGAACUCGGUGCGAUAGUUUUUUGCACCACCGGUAUACUAUUGAGAAAAUUGCAGAGCAAUCCUGGUUUACAAGGGUGCUCGCACGUGAUUUUGGAUGAGGCACACGAACGUCAGAUCGAUACCGAUAUGCUGAUGAUUCUGCUCAAGAGAGCUCUGAAGAAAAAUCCCAAUUUAAAAGUACUGAUAAUGUCGGCGACUAUAAAUGCGCACAAGUUUCAACAGUAUUUCGAUUGUCCCGCUGUACGAGUACCGGGUAGAUUGUAUUCUGUAAAAAUGCAUUUCUUGGAGGAUAUCGAACACCUACCAAAUAUCCAAAGAUACAGAACAUACGCGAUGAAGGAUCGCUAUGACGAUGAAGCUGAAAAACUUUCAGUUGAUUUUGGGAAAGUAGUACAGAUUAUAAAAUGGAUCUCGUCGCAUAAGCCGCCCGGUGCUAUUUUGUGCUUCUUACCAGGAUGGCAUGAAAUCACGAAGGUGCAGAGCCUGCUCGAGGAUACAUCGUCCUAUAAAGAGAAUCAAUUGAUUUUGCCGAUGCAUUCCAAAGUAUCGCACAACGAACAGCGUAAAAUCUUUCAGCCUACACCGGCGGGUGUGCGAAAAAUUAUCUUGGCCACGGACAUUGCUGAAACAGGCAUUACGGUUAGUGAUGUGGUUUAUGUUGUGGAUUCUGCCAUACGAAAAGAAUCGCGAUGGGACAAUAACAAAGAUUUACCUUACAUAAGCAAUCGUUGGAUCUCUCGGGCGAACAUUCUACAGAGGAAAGGGAGAGCUGGACGAGUUAAACCUGGCGAAAGUUAUCACUUAAUCUCAAAGGAAGAAUACGAGAAAUUGGAGGCGCAUCCAGUACCGCAGUUGUUGUGCAAUCCGUUGGAAAAAGUAAUUCUUGACAGUAAAACAUAUACGGACGAGAAGGCGGAGGAAUUUCUAGGUGGAAUGCUGGAACCGCCUACACCAACCGCAAUACGGAAGGCGGUAAGAACUUUAGUGGAUCUCGGUGUUAUGGAUAAUGAGGAGAAUCUUACAGCUCUAGGUAAACGAAUGGCACUAUUCCCAAUGUAUCCCAAGUUUAGUAAAGCCAUGGUAUAUUCUGCCAUCUUCAACUGCAUACAUCCUAUGAUAACGAUAGCCAGUAUUUUCUCUGGUGAAGAUAGCUUGUUUUACAAUGUAUUGGAUCAAAAGCUUCAAAUCAGGGAAAAUAAAAGGUUAUUCUCUCCAGCCAGCGAUCAUAUCGCGAUGGCUUGGAUGUUUAAGCAAUGGUUCACAUAUAGUGAAACAAGUCCGCACCUAAUAACGAAAUUUUGUAGAGAUAUGAGACUCCGACCGCUCAGAAUACAAAUACUGAGUCAAAUACGAAAUACAUAUAUCCAGCAGUUGAUCGAAUGUCGCCUAUUGACCAAAGAUACAUUGCAUUUCGAUUGUAAUAAAUCCAACAUUGUAGCAAAUAAAUUUGAAAGUAACGACGAACUAGUCCGAGCUGUAUUGUAUGGUGCUACGCAGCAAUUGAUAGAACAUAAAGACAUGGGAUUUAAAAACGGAAUCAUGAGAAAGGGCGUUAACGAACUCCGAACACAAGGUCGCGCUAAGGUUGUAAUUUCGGGGGAAAGUGUUAAUUACAAGCGAAAAAUUUGGCCGAGUUCUUUCUUGACGUAUUUUAAUGCUGCACACUGCGAGAUAAGACGUAGCACGGUAAUUCGUGAGACAAGCAUGAUAUCACCUUUGACAGUAUUACUUUUUAAUCAACGAAAGGCUCAAUGUUAUAAGCUGGAUGAUGACAAAACAGAAAUUGUGAUUAAUGUUAAUGCGCUACAUACUUUAAGAUUUGUUUGCAACAAAGAAACUGCUGAUGUGCUUUUGAAAUUUAGAGGCGUUAUGUGGUCUGUAGUGCAGUACAUGUUGGAGACACAAGGAUACGUUGACGAUAGAAAUAAUCUUAGUUCAAGACAAGUAUUUGAGUACAAAGAGAAAUUAUUCAAAACUCUUGCAGAGCUCCUGCAAACGUCGGCUAAACCUAUAGAAGAUGCUGCAGAAAAAAUCUCUUUAGCUUAAAUAUGUAUAAUAUGAUAAAUGUACAUAAUAACAAUAAUCUUAAAAUUGUAACACUAUUUCACUCGAUAUAGCGUUAUUUAUGAUUUAUUAUUAUUAUUAUUAUUAGGGACCUGUUGUAUGUAUAUUUGUAUACAAAUUGACAGCAUGUAUAUUUGA